AUGGGGAUGAAGACUGUGGCCACUCGGCUGAUAAUAUCGAGGUUGAUGAACAAGUUCCGCGAGGGGAUGGACAAGCGCAGACCUCGACGAGUAGGGAUUCGCCGCCUCAUCAACACAGAAGAGGACGUUUCGGACCUGAGCUCGUUCUUAAAUGACAUGCAAAAACAUCUCGCUAUGUUGUUCAUGAAGACAACAGAGGUGCACAAAUUGCCGCGCACUGUGAUCAUGAGUAUCUUCAGUGAUUUUCAAAUUUUCCUGCAUCUUUUUGUGGACUUCUUGCAACGUCACUUACGAAAGCUGGUGGAAGAGAACGUACUGCGUGAUACAUACAACAGACUGCUGACGUUUCUUUCAAGCGAUAUGCUGGAUUUGUUGUGGACUCCAAUUAGGAGCAACCAUAUGUUCAUGAAGUACGUAAAACAGUCGCUACCAUAUACAGAGCCCCAAGAGACUCGUCUCAGUGAGGCUGUGACUACCCCAAGUCAUGUCUUGUACUACGUGCCCAUACGCCGAGUACUGGUAAACAUGCUUUUCGCAGGCGAUGCUAUGGAGCAUAUUCUGGGUGCAUGUUGUGAAUCAAGAGACACCAAAAUCAUCUGCGACAUUCUUGAUGGUGACUUCGCAAGAGAGAGGGCCAUCCUACGCAGCGGUGAUGCCGACACAAUAAUUUUGCUGCUCUACACAGAUGAGCUGGAGCUUGUAAAUCCACUUGGAUCUGCCGCUGGUGUCCACGAGAUCCUGGCUGCAUAUUUCUCAGUGCUCAACUUGCACCCCAAAUAUCGGUCGCGACUGAACGCCAUUCACUUUCUCAUGCUCGUUAAGUACUCACAUGUUAAGACAUACCGAUUUAAAAGAGUUCUUGACACGGUCAUCAAAGAAACUAUAAGCAUACAUGAGAGUGGACUCGAAAUCUCAUGUGGAGGACAGAAAAAGACACUAAAGGUUUGCCUUCUUGGCAUUGUUGGGGACAACUUGUCGCUCAACCGCAUUGGUGGCUUCAGCAGCUCCUUUGGUAGCGGCCACUUUUGCAGGUUUUGUGUGACAGACUCGAAGGACAUUAAUCAAGUCACUACUGAACGCAAUUGCCUGAUACGUACUGCAGCACUGCACAAUAGCCACCUUGCUGACAUCGAAGUUGACCGUUCAAAGUGUAAACUAUAUGGCGUUUCAAUGGAGUCGCCAUUAUUGCAAGUUCCAGGUUUUGACGUUACACAACAGUUAUUGCCAGACGCAAUGCAUGACAUCCUUGAAGGCGGUACUGCUUUUGUUUUGAAGCAUGUGCUCAAGUCACUUGCAUCUUCAUGA